AUGAAGAAAUCAAAUCGUAAUGUUUUACUCAUCCUAGAUGGUGCCUUUUCAUAUGUUACUGGUGCUGUUACUCUAACUAAUGUAGAAGUACUUAAGUUACCUCCAUAUGUAACAUCAAAAAUACAGCCCAUGGACGCUAGUAUUAUUGCAUCAUUUAAGACUCAUUAUCAUCGCAUACAACUUCAACGUGCACUGGAUCUUGAUGAAGCUAGGAAACGCAACAUAUAUAAAAUCGAUCAAUUGCAGACUAUGAGAUGGGUAAAGGAUGGUGUACUAGUUGUUCUACCUCCUCCACCCCCUCUCAUCGAAGAUGUGGAAGAAAGCUUAUUUGUCGAUCCAGAUGAUGAAUUAGCUACCAUGAAGCUCUAG